GAAGCCCCUGAGAGGUUGCGUCCCAAUACAAGCGGCAGUACUUGUGCCUUAUCUGUAGCAAAUGGCUUCACUACAUAAAUAGGCAGACCCUGACUAGCACGUGGAUCCACAUCGCUACCAGAUCAAGGAUAACAGACAGGAAAGGAAGUUUCUUUCAACUGUUGGGGCACAGGCAGCUGUUCGUGGGGGCGGAGGGCGUGGCGUUCCACUUGUUUAUGCGACCGGACAGAGAAAGACUCACGCGAGCUCACAGACUCGACUCGACGAUAUGUUUCUGAGCAAGUAGCUUUAUGUUCUCGUGAUCGAUAUUUUACUAUCAGACAGGCUGGAGCAUGCAACCUCUGCACCCGUGAAGCUUCUCCUGAACACCUCACUGUAGCUUUAAACUAACGGGAAAGGAAACAUGUCGAGCACGAUCAAAGAGCUCACUUUGAACUACGAUCCGGUUAACGAGACCAACACCUUUACGAAUGGCGACGUUCUUCAGGGGCGAGUUUUUCUGGACGUGGCCAAAGAGGCGAAGAUCGACUGUUUUUACAUUAAAUGUAAAGGGGACGCGGACGUGAGCUGGACGGAGAGGCGUAAUGAUCGGACCCACACGUACCAUUCCCACGAGAGAUACUUCAAACUGAAGCAGGUUUUUAUUCAGGACCCCUCCAAACCUGCAAAUAAUGAGCCAAACGUCAUUAUAACAACUGGGGAGACCUACGGUAAUGUGGUUAGGCCCGGAAGACACGUUUAUCCAUUUAGCUUUCAGCUGCCCCAUGGGAAUAUGCCACCGUCUUUUAAAGGAUAUUAUGGGUCAGUUAAGUACAUUCUGGAAGUCAGACUGGAUCGUUCGUGGAAGAUGGACCGCACUGCGAAAGCAGAAAUCAACUUUGUCCCAAGGAUUGGUGCUGGUGUUAAUUCAGUGAGUCCACAGAGUGCAGCUAUAGACAAAAAGAUGAAACUUUUCACCUCUGGAAGUGCCUCAAUGAGAGCAACAAUUGACAAAAUGGGUUAUAUGCAAGGCGAUGUCAUCAGGGUUUCCACCAAUGUUGAUAACUCUUCAUCUCGCGAGCUCAAGCUGAAGUACAGUCUAGAGCAACAACAGGUCUUCUAUGCACAAGGCCGCUCUAAGUAUUCAUCAAAAACCAUUUUCAAAGUGGUUGGAGAUCCUGUCCCAAAUGGAUCAAAGCAAACAGUCAACACAGACCUGAAAAUCCCACCUAACCUGGAACUGACCGUCGCAAAUUGCAGUAUUAUCAAAUUGGAGUACAUACUUAAGGUCUAUUUGGAUGUCCCCUAUGCAAGUGACCCAGAGAUCAAAUUUCCAGUGUUUAUUUAUCCUGCAGGCCAGGUUCCCUGGCAAAGCCCACCAAGCUUUCAGCCCUAUGGGCCCAAUCCUCCACCCCAGGCUGCCUUUGGGCCCAGUCUUCCACCUCAGGCUGCAUUUGGGCCCAAUCCUCCACCCCAGGCUGCAUUUGGGCCCAGUCCUCCACCCCAGGCUGCAUUUGGGCCCAGUCCUCCUGGUGCUGCCUUUGGACCAGCUCCAGGACUUUACCCCAGCCUUUACCCUUCACCUGCGUAUCCACAGCCAGCCAAUCCAGAAGCUCCUCCUUCCUAUACAGACGUCUAUCCAAAUCAAAAUCAAGCAGUUCCAGGAUUCCAGUCACCUCCAUCAGCUCCAUCCUUCAAUCCUCCUCCAUAUUCUGCUAUGGGAUAUCCAGGUCCCUCUGCGCCACAGCAGAAUCCAGCACCAAGUGCUCCAGAGUUCUGUCCAAAUCCAUCUCACCCACCCUAUAGUCAAGCAGGAGGUCCCCCUGGAUAUUGGCCAAAUUCAGCCAAUCCAACCAACCAAACAGAGCCUUAUCCAACUAAACCACCAGAAGAAAAACAUGCAUAAUCAGACGUGCCUUUGAGUUCUCUGUGUGACGAGAUGAUCAUCAUGCAGUCAUGAGCAAAUGAGAACAUUAUGGUGCUUGCUUCACUGUGACAGUUUUUUCUUAAUUGACGGCAUAAUAUUGCAUCUUUAAAAGUUAACAUCAAGAAGCAUGUAGGUUCAAGUCAUUAAUGUUUAUGAAUGUUGCUUGUUUGAGAGGUGGAACGAAGGACUUUAAUGUACUUGAUGCAUAAUGAAAAGCUAUUACAGUGCCUUUAGCUAGUAUGUCAAAAAUGUCUAUUGUUAAUCUAUAUAAAUAUCUUCUAUCUGUAUCUUUUGUUUAUAAGGAUUUAACCCCCUUUUAUAUACCUCAGCAUGAUUACAUUUUAACUACAUUUUAACUACAUUUUAAUUACAUUUUAAUUACAUUGUAUGCUCAUCUUUAAGCUAAGCAGUACUGUGCAAAAGUGUCAGGCAUAAGAAAAAAUGUGAAACGAUCUCAGCAGUAAGUGUGUUUUGCCAGUAAACACACUUUAUAACAUUAUAAUAAAUACAAAUAAAAAUAAACACAUUAAACAUGCUUUUUUUGUAUAAUUUUUUUUGUAUAAAUGCUUACUGUCCAAAUAAAUAUCUUUAUAUAUUUA